UGACCUUUGCACCUUCUUCCCCGUUGGCACUCACACACGCUUCAGUAGCUCUCCAAACUCCCCAGAGAGAGGUGUAUAGAGCAGCGUUGCCGGCCGGGACAAACAUGGCGGAGAUCGACUACCUCUCGUACGCCUUCGCUGUCGUGGUGCUGGGCGGCGGAAUUGUGGGCUUCGUGAAAGCCGGAAGUGUGGUAUCCCUGGCCAGCGGGGUGGGGUUUGGUGUCUUGUUAGGUAUUGGAGCCACAAAGACCACAGCUAACCGCAACAAUUUCACCCUCCUCCUUGGCACAUCUUGCCUCCUGUUGGCUGCGAUGGGUUGGAGGUACUAUAGCACUGGCAAGUUCAUGCCUGCUGGCCUCGUCACAAUACUCAGUCUGGUGAUGGUGAUUCGUCUGUGUCUGCGUAUGGUGUAAGUCGCAUACCUUAACCCUUUGCACACUACAUUUGAAAUGACACACCCGAACUCCAAUCCUUCACCGUUUAUUGUGAAAUUCAUGUAAAUUAUAGCAUUUUAAUGUUGUAGCAAAGAUUGUGUAAUUGUAUACUGUGUGGGAUGACAGUGUGUUUGGUCGUCGUCAUGGAAACCAAUGUACAGUUAUAAGCGAUGUCAUUCUGUAUUUGUAAACAAUUCAAUAAUGUCAUUAUGUCAUUAUGUCACUGGACAGAUAUAAGCGUGAAAGUAAUCUCGCGUGUUGUAGCAAUAUUCUCCAGGCCACACCCACAAAGUGCUAUAAUCGUCAACUCUCAGGCAAAUCAGCAGCA